AUGGCUGAACACAAAGAUCCGUCGCGCGUUGCGGCAGGGCUAAAAGCGUCGCUGCACAACCCGCAUGUGUCGGACGAGGCGAAACGACAUGCGCAGGAGCGCCUUGAAAGUAUGGGCUCUGUCCAGCAUGGGAAGGCGCAGCAUGAAAACCUUGGCACCCACCAUGUAGGGGUGAGCCACCAUCAUGUGGAGGACAACCGCGUUCUCGGAGGAUAUAAGGCCACUCUACACAAUGAGUCUACAUCUCCCGCUGCCAAAGCGCACGCACGCGAGAUACUCGAAGCCGCUGGGUACCAUGUCGACAAGCCCAAGGGCACAAGCGAAGAGGAGCACACCACGCGCGUCCUCGCUGGCUACAGGGCCGCCCUACACAAUGAUAGGGUGUCUGCUGAGGCCAAGGCGCACGCUCGUGAAUAUCUACGAGAACACGGUGGUUUGUGA